GGCAUUCAUCUAAGAGGCUGCUAUUGGCUUCUCCGCUGGACCUUCAUAAUGAAAAUUUAGUAGUAUUAAUUGUCUGAUUCCCAGUGUUCUUGGAUGCAGACAUAGAAAAUAAGCCAAAAUAUUCAAGAAUUCACAUGUAACAACCUAUCCAAUAUAUAAUGUGCAAGAGCAAAGGUUGUUACUACUACUACUACAUGUGAUCCAAAUUAAGCAGGUUGAGCGUCAAUGGCUGCAGUCUCAAAACAGCGCUUGAUUUUGCUCAUCUCACUGAUCCACAUAGCCGAAGGGCGAGUUCUGAAGCUGUAUUCCUCUGAUGACGAGUUGAUCUCAGACGGAAUCGAGAAGCAAGAAUCAGCUGCAGGUUGCAGCCACCAGUAUGGUUUCCUGCCCUGUGCAGAAAACGCGGCUGGUUACAUUUUCCUGAUAGUGGUGUAUCAGGUGCUUCUGGUGGUCGGAGGAAGGCUGAUAAGCAGCGGGAGCGAGAUGCUCCUGCAUAUCACCGGAGCUGGGAAGUUUGGCGGCAUCAUUUUCCGAAUCCUAAUGGUGCUGCCUUCUAUGAUGUUCAUGAUCUUAUCUGGGAUAUUCAGCAGCAAGGAGGGAGCUCAAUCUCAAGUGGCAGUUGGUGUGAGCAUUUAUGCUGGAAUCACUGUCUUCAGCCUUACAAUUCAAUGGGGUAUGUGUAUGAUAUAUGGCAAGAUUGACUUGAACACCACGCCAAAUGCUUCUCCAUCCAAGAUCUUGAAAGAUACCGGUGUGAAGAUUGAUGAUAAGACUUCUUACACUGCUGGAGUCAUGCUUCUAUCUUUGAUUCCUUACGUCGUGCUGCAGCUGGUUUUCUUCGUCAACACCUUAUCCGGAGAGCGUAUCAUAACUUUGACAGCUUUCAUCAUCUCAUCCUUGUCUCUGCUGUCGUAUGCUGCCUAUCAGAUUUGGGAUCCUUGGAUGCAGGAAAGAAGUUUGCGGUAUUCCCAGUUUUUGGAUUUGUUCGACAAGAACGAUGAUGGCGUGAUCACUGAGGCAGAGUUCAUCAAAGGGUUCGAGCAGUGGGCUUAUGAAGCCGAGAAAUCAACUUCGGACAAACCCAAAAAUUUGGGUGAACAGGUCCUAAACCUAUUCAAAGAGAAGAAAGAAAACAGAGGGCAAAUGAUGGACAGAAUAAUGGCAAAGAUUUUAAAGCAUGCUGAAGGCCGACUACUCAAAUCCGAAUCACUCAUCACAGAGAAUGGGAAGCCAAAUAUUGAUCGUAUUAAGGAACUCUUUAGGGAAUUUGACACUGAUGGAAACAAGUCUAUAUCAGCACCUGAGCUGAAGCAACUCAUAACGAGAGUCAAGUUCCAAUCGUAUAAACUGAAGGAGGAGGACGUGUUACGCGAGAUUUUCAAAGAGUUUGAUCGGGAUAGUAAUGAUUUUAUUGAUGAGCUAGAGUUUGUGAACGGGAUGACGAAGUAUCUGGAUAAGGCCAUUCAAGUUGCACAGACAUCGGAAGUUGAUGCAACAAAAAUCAUCGAAAAUUUCGACAGGAUUGUGUGGAAAGGAGAAUAUGGGAAGCGUGAUUUCUUCAGAUCAGUAUUUCAAGUGUUGUUAGGGAUCAGUAUAUUAACAUUCCUGGGAAAACCUCUGACGACUAACAUUCUGCAACUGUCGAAUGCCAUGGGAUUCCCAUCCUUCAUCAUCUCCUUCCUCGUCGUGCCACUCGCCAUGAAUGCUAGAACUGCAGUAGCAGCAAUCCUCCCAGCCAGCAAGAAGAGUCAAGAAACUGCUUCUUGGACAUUCUCCGAGAUAUACGGUGGGGUGAUAAUGAACAACAUGGUAGGAUUGACGACGUUGUUGGCGAUUGUAUAUGCGAAAGAAUUGACAUGGGAUUUCACAGCAGAAGUGCUGAUUAUUUUGGUGGUGUGUGGAACAAUAGGCACACUCGCAUUCUUUCGCACCACUUACCAACUAUGGACGUGCAUACUAGCAUUCCUUCUAUAUCCUUUCUCACUGGGAUUGUUUUAUUUUGUUCAGAUUUCCUAUAGUUGGAAUUGAUGUUUUCAUCUACUUUUCAUUAUCACCGUUUGCUGUGAAUGAAAUGUUGUUUAGUUUUAUGGGAUGCUAUAAUAUGACAACAAUGUUGAAAGGUGAAGCCUUUCCACUCCAAA